UUCUCUUCUUUUCUCGCAUACCAAACAUGGGUCGGAAAAAGUUGGUGAUGAAGAAAAUUGAGAACCCAACCUCUCGCCAAGUGACAUACUCAAAGCGCAAAGAUGGGAUUGUGAAGAAGGCCACUGAACUAUCAGUGUUGUGUGACAUUGAUGUUGGACUGAUCAUGUUUUCUCCAAGUGGUAGAUUGACUACCUUUGCUAGCAAUGGAAGGAUUGAGGAUAUCUUUCUUCGUUAUAUUGAUCGGCCUGAAGAAUUGCGAGGAGGAGCUAUUUGGAAUGAAGAGUAUCUAUUCCAAAGCCUCACACAACUCAAAUAUGAAGGAGAAAUGAUUGAAAAAUUAGCAGAGUUUUACAAUCCGGAACUUGAGAAGAUCACGUCUGUUUUUGAAGCUCAAGUGUACCAGCAAACUAUUAUUGAAGCAAUUCGCCAAAUAGAACAGUUGAAACAGGCAAAAUUGACUGGUAGCCGGGUUGUGCCCCAUAAACCUGCAGAGAACAUUGAGGUACAUGGGAUUGACAGUACAAAGGAAGCAGAUUCGAUGACCGAAGAGUCUGUCGAUUCUAACGGGAUGAGGAACUCAUAUUUAAGGGAUGAAGAGCAGGUGGGAGAAACUGGAGGACCUCAUUUAAGCCUUGGCUACUUGAAAAGGCAGAACCAUUGGAACCUAAUGGCGGGUGGUGGACAAACACAUGCUCCUGCAGGGUUUUAACAUCCAGUGAUUAGAUUGUUGUAAUCUAAUCUAAUCCCUUCAUGUUUCUUCAAGGUCUCUACAAGCUUUGAAUCUCCAGAACUUUCAUUUAUAGUAAUUAGACUGAUGUAGCUAGCUGCUUAAUGAAUUGUGCGGUUUUCUUUGGACAA